AUGACCACUGGCACCUCCGGGGCCCCCGUCAGAUAUGGCCAGUGCUGGGUCUUCGCGGGAGUCAUGACCACCGUGCUGCGCUGCCUGGGCCUCCCCACCCGCACGGUGACCAACUACAACUCGGCCCACGACACCGACGUCUCCCUGACCACCGACAUCUACUUCGACGAGAACAUGAAGCCCCUGGAGCGCCUCAACACCGACUCCGUCUGGUCCACUGGUUUUUACUGGGCGGAGGCCAUGGGGAUCAACCAGCAGGGAGUGAUGGCCUCAUACUGGUCCGUACUGGUCCGCCUGUUCUGCUGCGGGCCGUGCUCGGUGACGGCGGUGAAGAACGGCGAGGUCUUCCUCAAGUACGACACGCCCUUCGUCUUCGCCGAGGUGAACAGCGACAAGGUGUACUGGCAGCGGCAGCCGGGCGGCGCCUUCGCCGUGGUGCACGUGGAGGAGGGGGCCAUCGGGCGCCGCAUCAGCACCCUGGGCGCCGGCUCCGGCCAGCGCCUCGACGUCACCCACCAGUACAAGCACCCCGAGGGUGAGGGCGGGGCCCCGACCCCGCGAGCCUUGACCUCUUGA